AUUCUCUACUUCUUUCCUGUGUCUAUGGAAUUCGAUUCUACUGCUACUUUUGUUCGAGAGUUCUGUUUAAACAUCUGAGAAAGAUGGGUUUGAUUUCUGCAAUUCUAAUGGGGAUGGUUGUAGGCAUCGCUUUGAUGGUUGGCUGGCGUCACAUGAUGAGGUACCGCAGCUCCCAACGUAUCUCCAAGGCCGUUGAUAUAAAACUUCUUGCAUCCCUUAGCAGAGAUGAUCUGAAAAAGAUUUGUGGCAACAGUUGUCCUGAAUGGAUAUCUUUUCCUGAGUAUGAACAGGUGAAAUGGUUAAACAAGCAACUGGCCAAACUCUGGCCUUUUGUUGCAGAAGCAACUACAGUGAUCAUAAGAGAAUCUGUUGAACCAUUACUGGAAGAAUAUCGACCUCCAGGAAUUACAUCACUGAAGUUCAGCAAACUCUCUCUUGGAAAUGUAGCACCCAAGAUUGAAGGUGUUCGUGUUCAGAGCCAAAAGGAAGGUCAGAUUAUAAUGGAUAUUGACUUCCACUGGGGUAGUAAUGCUAGCAUCAUUCUUGCUGUGGAGGCAGCAGUUGUUGCUUCUUUACCCAUUCAGUUGAAGGAUCUUCAAAUUUUCGCUAUUGUGCGUGUCAUCUUCCAACUAGCUGAAGAGCUCCCUUGCAUUUCUGCUGUGGUAGUUGCUCUCCUUGCCGAGCCAAAGCCUAGAAUAGAUUACACAUUGAAGGCUGUUGGAGGAAGCUUAACUGCAAUUCCAGGGAUUUCAGACAUGAUUGAUGAAACUGUCGAUGCAAUUGUCACAGACACACUCCAGUGGCCCCACCGGAUAGUUGUUCCAAUUGGUGGUAUUCCUGUGGAUUUGAGUGAAUUAGAGCUUAAACCACAAGGAAAGGUUGUAGUGACUGUAGUUAAAGCAAACAAUUUGAAGAAUAUGGAAAUGAUCGGUAAAUCAGAUCCAUAUGUGGUGUUAUAUGUUCGACCUCUAUUCAAGGUUAAGACAAAAAUCAUCAACAACAACCUCAAUCCUGUAUGGAAUCAAACAUUCGAGCUGAUUGUUGAAGACGAGGAAACACAAUCACUUAUCCUUGAGGUCUUCGAUGCAGAUGUUGGACAAAACAAAAGAUUGGGCAUUACAAAAUUACCUUUGAUUGAGUUGGAACCUGAUACUCCAAAAGAGGUUGAUCUGAGACUACUGCCAUCACUUGAUAUGCAAAAAAUUAAAGAUAAGAAAGAUAGAGGAACUAUUACCGUUAAGGUCUUGUACCACGAGUUCAACAAGGAAGAGCAGUUGGCAGCCCUUGAAGAAGAGAAGAGGAUCCUAGAAGAAAGAAAGAAACUGAAAGAAGCAGGUGUGAUAGGGAGCACAAUGGAAGCAGUUGGGUCUGGGGUUGGGAUGGUGGGGAGUGGCAUUGAAGCUGGAGUAGGGCUUGUUAGGAGUGGUCUCGGUGCUGUGGGCAGUGGCCUCAGCAAGGCUGGAAAGUUCCUGGGCAAGACCAUUACAGGGCAAUCAAGCAGCUCCAAGAAGAGUGGUAGCAGCAUUCCUGUAACACCGGCACAAGAAAAUGGUGGUGCAAAUUAAGCCGGCAUGAACUUUCCUAUACAGUCUUAGCUUUUCAUACCUGUUUUAUGAUCUUUUGAUUUGUAUUAGUUUUAGAUCUUAGACGAUAUAUUAGUUCCAAGAUUAGAAA